UUUUCUUCAAUUUUUCACUUUUCUCAUUGCAUUCUUUAUUUCUCUCUAAUCUCUAUUGAACAUCCAACGCACCCUCCAUUUUCAUGCUGUCUCAUUCCUCACGCCUUCCUCCUCUGUCUACUUUAUCUCCUUCAACUUUAACCAACUUUCCGAUUUCGUUUUAACCACCAAAAACCGCCUCUCAUCGGCCGUGGAUUUUUCAACCGCCGUAACGGCCAGUGCGGGUUUUUUUUUGUAUGCCUUCCUAGAAUAAAAUCUUUCAUGGCAUCAAGAUCAUGUGCAAGUUUUUUACACUUGGUUUCUGGAGACCUACUGGAUAUUCCUCAAACUCCAAGAGCUCUCCCUCGGGUGAUGACUGUUCCUGGGAUCAUCUCUGACAUGGAUUAUUGUAGCAGUAAUGAUGGGGAUUCAGAUGUUACUUCUUCGGGUUGUAGAGAACGCAAAAUUAUAGUGGCAAAUAUGUUGCCUUUGCAUGCUAAAAGAGAUGCAGAAACCUCUAAAUGGCGCUUCAGCUUGGAUGAGGAUUCACUUCGACUACAACUAAAGGAUGGUUUUACUCCUGAAACGGAGGUUAUACACGUGGGAUCCCUCAAGGUUGAUAUAGAUGCCAGUGAACAGGAGGAAGUUGCCCAAAAACUGUUAGAGGAAUUUAAUUGUGUUCCUACAUUUCUACCUCAAGAUUUGCAGAAGAAGUUUUAUCUUGGUUUUUGUAAACAGCAGUUGUGGCCACUUUUCCACUACAUGCUGCCCAUUUGUCCAGACCAUGGUGAUCGGUUUGAUCGUUUUCAAUGGCAGGCAUAUGUUUCUGCUAAUAAAAUAUUUGCUGACAAGGUUAUGGAAGUAAUAAAUCCAGAUGAUGAUUAUGUUUGGGUUCAUGAUUAUCACCUGAUGGUUCUUCCCACAUUUUUGAGGAAACGCUUUCAUAGAAUCAAGCUUGGGUUCUUCCUCCACAGCCCAUUUCCUUCAUCAGAAAUAUAUCGAACAUUGCCUGUUAGGGAUGAAAUUCUGAGGGGCUUACUGAAUUGCGAUCUAAUUGGUUUUCAUACAUUUGAUUAUGCACGGCAUUUCUUGUCUUGUUGCAGUCGAAUGCUGGGCCUUGAUUAUGAAUCUAAAAGAGGGCACAUUGGUCUUGAUUACUUUGGCCGCACGGUGUUUAUUAAAAUUCUGCCUGUAGGAGUUCAUAUGGGUCGACUUGAAUCGGUGUUAAAUCUUCCCUCUACUGCUUGCAAGGUCAAAGAGAUUCAGAAGCAGUUUGAAGGGAAAAAAUUGAUUCUUGGUGUAGAUGAUAUGGAUAUUUUCAAGGGCAUCAGUCUAAAACUACUGGCUGUGGAACAGCUCCUCCGGCAGCAUCCAGACUUGCAGGGUAAAAUAGUCCUGGUUCAGAUUGUGAAUCCUGCUAGGGGCUCUGGGAAGGAUGUUCAGGAAGCAAAGAAGGAGACAUAUCUGACUGCUAAAAAGAUCAAUGAGGUUUAUGGUUCACCCAAUUAUCAGCCAGUGAUUUUGAUUGAUCGUCCUGUUCCUCGUUUUGAGAAAUCUGCCUAUUAUGCACUUGCAGAAUGUUGCAUAGUUAAUGCUGUGAGGGAUGGGAUGAACUUGGUUCCUUACAAGUAUAUUGUUUGUAGGCAGGGAACUCCUUUUAUGGAUGAGGCUCUAGGUAUAAAGUCAGGUUCUUCACGAACAAGCAUGCUUGUUGUGUCUGAGUUCAUUGGUUGCUCACCUUCUUUAAGUGGAGCGAUUAGGGUAAAUCCAUGGGAUAUUGAUGCCGUUGCUGAGGCCUUAAAUACAGCUAUUACCAUCCCUGAGUCUGAGAAGCAAUUGCGACAUGAGAAACACUAUCGGUAUGUCAGUACUCAUGAUGUGGCUUAUUGGGCUCACAGCUUCGCCCAGGACUUGGAAAGAGCAUGCCAAGAUCAUUAUAGUAAACGUUGCUGGGGCAUUGGUUUGGGCCUUGGUUUCCGAGUUGUCUCUCUUUCUCCUAGUUUUAGGAGGCUGGGUAUUGAUCACAUUGUUUCAUCUUAUAAGCGAACAAAUAGAAGAGCAAUAUUUCUGGACUAUGACGGCACUGUUGUUCCUGAAGCUUCCAUUAUUAAAACUCCUAGCCCUGAAGUUAUCUCUAUCCUUAAGACUCUUUGUGACGAUCCUAAGAACACUGUGUUUAUUGUUAGUGGAAGAGGGAGAGCUUCACUUAGUGAUUGGCUGGCUCCAUGUGAGAUGCUGGGAAUAGCUGCUGAACAUGGGUACUUCAUAAGAUGGAGUAAAGACUCUGAAUGGGAAACCAGCCCUGUGGGUGCUGACCUUGAAUGGAAAAAGAUUGUGAAACCUGUUAUGAGCCUGUAUAGAGAGGCAACAGAUGGCUCCUGCAUAGAGACUAAGGAGAGUGCUUUGGUGUGGCACCAUCAGGACGCAGACCCUGACUUUGGGUCAUGCCAAGCCAAGGAAUUGUUGGAUCAUCUGGAGAAUGUUCUUGCAAAUGAACCAGCAGUUGUUAAGAGAGGCCAGCAUAUUGUUGAAGUUAAGCCACAGGCAGUAAGUAAAGGGGUGGUUGCAGAAAAGGUUCUGUCGAGAAUGGUCAAUGGCGGGAAGCCACCUGAUUUUGUGAUGUGUGUUGGUGAUGAUAAAUCCGAUGAAGAUAUGUUUCAGAGCAUAUUAACAUCUGUUUCUAAUCCAUCCUUGCCUGUGGCUCCAGAAAUCUUCGCAUGCACUGUUGGGCGAAAACCUAGCAAAGCGAAGUAUUACCUUGAUGAUGCUGCUGACGUGUUGAAAUUGCUUCAAGGUCUUGCAACUGCUACUAGUUCAAAGCCUAGGUGCCUCCCUGAGACCCAGGUUUCCUUUGAGAGUAGUGCUUGACUUAAAACAGAGUGGCUGGUACGAAUUUACGAGUUGUGUAUGAUGGAAUCUCUGAUUUGCUGCAAGGGAUUUCCCUGAAUAAGGGAAUACUCGAUUAUAACUUAUAUGAAGCUUUGUCGGUACUCGCCAGAUUCAGUUGUAAUGCUAUACCAGCUCUUGAAAUGGUACACUUGGCUGGAAGGUGAUUGGGAGAUUUAAAUGGGAUGGAGGAGCUGACAAAUAUGCUUUAUUCUUGUGUAUGGUGAUGUCAGUCAUGGUGCCAGCAAAAAUUAUGGGAUCAGUUCACACUUGUUUAUAGUGGUUUUCUUACUGAGUAGAGGCACCGUUAACUUGUAUAGAUACAUUGCUUUCCAACACAAAAUGCCAAUUUGAUUUCAGUA